AUGCACGUUGUGGAUAGUAUACCACAAAAAAUUGGCUCAGACGCACUGUUGAUGGAGGAUGGGGCCCAGAUGGCAUUUCAUAUGCGAGCAGCCUAUCGCUUCCUACAGACUGUGUUUGCCUCUUGCUGCAUUGAUGUCUUCGAGGUGGGCAGCCUCCGCGACGGCUCACCCAGCCGCCUGGAGAGCGAACCAAGUCUGAAGGAUACUCUAAGCCCGAUUCGAGAGAUCUGCAGUCCUGAGGAUACAGCUUCUCCUCUUAGCCAAGCUCUUCCAACCUCCCGCACUAUACCCAUCUGCCAGGACAUUUCGAACUCAAGUUCUACUGAGCAUUCAACACAAACAAGAAAGUCAGAGGGAUUAGUUUCGGCCGACUGUGCCAAUAAGAUAGAGGAUUCCACAAAAUUCGAUACUGAAUUUGUUUCCCUACGGACUAGCCAGACAGUAGAAGACAGAAGUGAACGAAGAAAAUUGAACUCAUUGUCGACAGAGGGUGGAGCGAGCACAUUUAAAAAGAGGCGACGAGUCGGUCUCGCCUGGGACCCGGAAGGGAUGAAUCUAUACAUGCGACUAGGAGCUGUUGGUAAGGCUGAGGACUUGACUUGA